AUGUGGCGCUAUGUCGCAAUUCUUUCACUCGGCGAAUUCUCCGUUCCCACCCAGAACCAGGUCCUCGUUCCCGAGACCCUUCUGAAGAAGCGCAAGUCUCAGGAGGCUGCCCGCGCCGAGACUCGCGCCGCUGCCGAGGCCACCAAGAAGGCCAACAAGGAGAAGCGUGGUGUCAUCUUCAAGCGUGCCGAGUCCUACGUCCAGGAGUACCGCAACGCUGAGCGCGAGAAGAUCCGCCUCAACCGCGUCGCCCGCCAGGAGGGUAACUUCUACGUCGAGGAUGAGCCCAAGCUGGUCUUCGUUGUCCGCAUCAAGGGUAUCAACAAGAUCGCCCCCAAGCCCCGCAAGAUCCUCCAGCUCCUGCGUCUCCUCCAGAUCAACUCUGGUACCUUCAUCCGUCUCACCAAGGCUACCCAGGAGAUGUUGACCAUCGUCAACCCCUACAUUGCCUACGGUUACCCCAACCUGAAGUCCGUCCGUGAGCUCCUCUACAAGCGCGGUUACGGAAAGGUCGACAAGAUGCGCACUCCCCUCACCGACAACCAGAUCAUCGAGGAGCACCUCGGCAAGUUCGGCAUUGUCUGCAUGGAGGAUCUCAUCCACGAGAUCUACACCGUCGGCCCCAACUUCAAGCAGGCCAACAACUUCCUGUGGCCCUUCAAGCUGUCCAACCCCAACGGUGGUUUCCGUGCUCGCAAGUUCAAGCACUACAUCGAGGGUGGUGACACCGGUAACCGUGAGGAGAACAUCAACGGUCUCAUCCGCCAGAUGAACUAG